AGACCCACCCCUUCUCUCUCUCUCUCUCUCUCUCUCUCUCUCUCUAUUUGGCAUGUUCUUUAAUGGUGUGGUUGGUGGAUUCUGUAGGCAUCCUCUACUCUAAAAAUGUUGUAAUAUAGUUAAAAAAUAAAAAAAGGAAAAAGAAACUGUCUUUUAAAAACACCCUCUUGUAACUUGUUUCUGAUUGAUUACUCAUUUCUCAUCUAUCUGUAAAAGGGUUGUUGAAACAAUAUACACCAUGUUUUUUAAUAAAGAAAUCGUCUUUUUCUCUCAUUUCUCCCUCUCUUGAGUCCUUCCUUGAGUCAAGAAGACAGAAAGAAACUACCGUACGGGGAAAUACAUAUCAUAACGAAGGAAAAAAGAGAGAGUAAAAAUAAGUUUUUGAAAGUUUCGGAGAAUGAAUGGUCUUUCACAUCUGGAACCACCUGAUUACUCUGAGUUUGUUGAGGUUGAUCCAACUGGAAGAUAUGGCAGAUACAAUGAAAUCCUUGGCCGAGGAGCUUCAAAGAUAGUUUAUAGAGCAUUUGAUGAGUACGAAGGGAUUGAAGUUGCUUGGAACCAGGUCAAGCUAUAUGAUUUCUUACAAAGUCCUGAAGAUCUUGAAAGACUCUACUGUGAGAUUCAUCUCCUUAAGACAUUGAAGCAUAAGAACAUAAUGAAGUUCUACACUUCUUGGGUUGAUACUGCAAAUAGGAACAUCAACUUUGUGACGGAAAUGUUCACUUCUGGGACUUUGAGACAGUAUAGACUAAAGCACAAGAGAGUAAACAUUCGAGCUGUGAAGCAUUGGUGUAGGCAGAUCUUGAGAGGGCUUCUUUAUCUCCAUAGCCAUGACCCUCCUGUGAUCCACAGAGAUCUAAAGUGUGAUAAUAUUUUUGUGAAUGGGAACCAAGGAGAGGUGAAGAUUGGAGAUCUUGGCCUUGCGGCAAUUCUUCGAAAAUCUCAUGCUGCUCAUUGUGUUGGGACACCUGAGUUUAUGGCUCCAGAAGUGUAUGAAGAGGCAUACAACGAAUUGGUUGAUAUUUAUUCGUUUGGUAUGUGCAUCUUGGAGAUGGUCACUUUUGAAUAUCCCUAUAGUGAAUGCACUCAUCCUGUUCAAAUCUACAAGAAAGUUAUCUCUGGGAAAAAACCAGAUGCUUUGUACAAAGUAAAGGAUCCAGAAGUACGACACUUUGUUGAGAAAUGUUUGGCCACUGUGUCACUUAGGCUAUCUGCAAGGGAGUUGUUGAAUGACCCUUUUCUCCAAAUUGAUGGUUGUGAAUCCGAUUUGAGACUGUUGGACCAUAGGAUUGAAGUUGAUGGCUUAGGACCCCUAAUUAGGCCACCUUAUCUUGAGCAUCAUGACAAUAAUAAUUCCUACAGUAGUGGAUACUUAAAUGGUUAUGACUAUGAGGCUCAGAAUGAAUGGGAAUAUCAUCAAGUCGAGGUCGAACUGAGUGGAAUUGAACUUUUCGAGUAUCAUGAUGAACAUCCUGCAAACGUUGACAUAAGUAUAAAAGGAAAGAGGGGUGAUGAUGGUGGCAUCUUCUUAAGACUCCGAAUUGCAGAUAAAGAAGGUCGUAUACGAAACAUAUAUUUCCCUUUUGACAUUGAAAAUGAUACAGCAUUGAGCGUGGCAACUGAAAUGGUUGCCGAGCUUGAUAUCACCGAUCAAGAUGUGACUAAAAUAGCAGAUAUGAUUGAUGGGGAGAUUGCUUCCUUGGUACCUGAAUGGAGGCCAGGGCCAGGCAUAGAGGAGACACCCUGCUUUGCAAAUCAAACUCUGUGUCACAAUUGUGCUUCCACCUGCACCUCUAAUGGUUCAUUCAUGGAUUUUUUGUCAAAUAAUCCAUGUUGUAGCCAUGGAUGUGCUUCAAUGCAUGGAAGGUUUGGAGAGAUCAUUUUUGAAGUGGAUGAAUCUGAGCAUCAUUUAACAGAAGGGGCGCCAAACAUACUCAACCAACCGGACUACUUGCACUAUAAGGAAAUUUGGGGUCAACAAGAAAGCCGGCAACUUACUCCAAUAGGCUCGGGAAAAAGUCAGUCGGAUGAAGAGUAUGCAAAUUUUGAUCAGUCAAUCCCAGAAAAGGAUACAAAAGAUACCAAGAUGGAAAAUGGAAUUCCUGGAGGAAAGUCAUUUCAGCACUUCACAGGUUCCGGUUCUCUUAGCAGACUGACUUCAUUGUACAAUGACCUUGCGGACAGUAAUGAGAAUGAAAUCCAGCAAGACUUGAGAUGGCUUAAAGCGAAACACCAAAUGGAAUUGAGGAAACUUAGAGAUGAACGAUUAGGACUUGCAGUGAAACCUUCAACUUCUAGGAACGGGGAAGAGAAAACAAGUAAUGUGGUUUCUUCAACUUCAAUGUUGAAUUCAUUUCAAGAAGGCAGCAAUGGAGAUCUCUUGAAAUCCCUUGCUAAGCAGAUUAGUCAUAGUUUGCAUACUCAUGCCGGCGCCCUUUCGGAUACUCAAAGGCCCUGGAAUCACAAGGUAAUGAAUCAACCCCCAAGAGCGAAAGAUAUGGUCAAUGCCAAGAAUCUCUGCACCGGGCCAAUGCUCCCACACUCGCUCCAUAGGACAACAUCCUUACCAGUUGAUGCUGUUGAUGUAUAAUAUUUUGAGGCAUCCAUUCUUUUAUAUUCUUAUACACAUUAUAGAAGCACUAUUGUGAAUAAAUCCACCCUUUUUUGGCCUAGCAAA